AUGAUGGUGUCAGGCGAUUGUUUGGGUCGUGGGGUGGAAACAAGAGAGUGGAGAGUGGAGAGAAUGGGGUGCAACUCUUACCGGAUAAUGAGACGAUCCGCUGGCACUCCGUGGGCCACUAGCCGUGGAGGCUCAUGUUCCUCUAUCAAGGAAGUUUGGCUGCAAAUAGUAGUAGUAGUAGUAGUAGUAGUAGUAGUAGUAGUAGUAGUAGUAGUAGUAGUAGUAGUAGUAGUAGUAGUAGUAGUAGUAGUAGUAGUAGUAGUAGUAGUAGUAGUAGUAGUAGUAGUAGUAGUAGUAGUAGUAGUAGUAGUAGUAGUAGUAGUAGUAGUAGUAGUAGUAGUAGUAGUAGUAGUAGUAGUAGUAGUAGUAGUAGUAGUAGUAGUAGUAGUAGUAGUAAGAUUGAGUGCACAGUAUUGGAUACUCUGCUCCAAUCUGCUGAAAUCUACUCGCUAUUUAUUUUAG